AUGACGCUGACAGGUCCGAUGCUGGUGCUCAUCGCGCUCGGCUCCUGGCCCUCAGCCACUGCAGGAUUCAGUUCAAUGGCCGAAAAUGAAGACGCCCUCCUCAGACAUUUAUUCCAAGGUUAUCAAAAAUGGGUGCGCCCCGUGUUACAUUCUAAUGACACCAUAAAAGUGCAUUUUGGAUUGAAAAUCUCGCAGCUCGUAGACGUGGACGAAAAGAACCAGCUGAUGACGACCAACGUGUGGCUCAAACAGGAGUGGACGGACCACAAAUUACGCUGGAAUCCUGAUGAAUAUGGAGGAAUUAACUCAGUUAAAGUUCCAUCAGAGUCUCUCUGGCUUCCUGACAUCGUUCUCUUUGAAAAUGCAGAUGGACGUUUCGAAGGCUCCCUCAUGACCAAGGCCGUGGUGAAAUCCAAUGGCACCGUCGUUUGGACUCCGCCCGCCAGCUACAAAAGCUCCUGCACCAUGGAUGUCACAUUCUUCCCGUUUGACCGGCAGAACUGCUCCAUGAAGUUUGGAUCCUGGACGUACGAUGGUACCAUGGUCGACCUCAUUUUGAUAGACGAAAAUGUGGACAGAAAAGACUUUUUUGAUAAUGGAGAAUGGGAAAUACUCCAUGCGAAAGGGAUGAGGGGAGACAGGAGAGAUGGUUUCUAUUCGUAUCCAUUCAUCACUUACUCCUUCGUUCUCAGGCGCCUGCCUCUGUUUUACACUCUCUUCCUGAUCAUACCCUGCCUGGGACUGUCUUUUCUAACAGUUCUCGUGUUCUAUUUACCUUCUGACGAAGGAGAAAAACUUUCAUUGUCAACGUCUGUCUUAGUUUCUCUGACAGUUUUUCUACUGGUGAUUGAAGAAAUAAUCCCAUCUUCUUCCAAAGUCAUUCCUCUCAUUGGAGAGUACCUGUUGUUCAUUAUGAUUUUCGUGACCCUGUCAAUCAUUGUUACUGUUUUUGUAAUUAACGUCCACCAUAGAUCUUCCUCAACAUACCACCCCAUGGCUCCCUGGGUGAAGAGGCUAUUUCUGCAAAAACUGCCCAAAUUACUUUGCAUGGAAGACCACGUGGAUCACUACUCUCUUCCAGAUGAAGAUGAGCGCAAACCAGUAGUGAAAGGUAAAGUUCUAGAAAAAAAGAAACAGAAACAGACAAAUGAUGGGGAAAAAGUUCUGAUUGCUGUCUUGGAAAAGGCUGCUGACUCCAUUAGAUACAUCUCCAGCCACGUCAGGAAAGAACAUUUCAUCCGCCAGGUGGCGCAGGACUGGAAGUGCGUGGCGCAAGUUCUCGACCGGCUCUUCCUGGGGCUCUUUCUGGCGGUGUCGGUCGCAGGCUCGGUUCUGAUUUUCACCCCUGCUCUGAAGACGUGGCUACAGAGCUACGCUUAG